CGGCGAUGCUUCAGCCCCGCCAAAACUAACAACUUUACAGGCGAAAACCCUAGCGUUUUGAAAGCCACGGACAUUUCCUCUGUCUGAGCUUCAGCGUGCAUACCACUGUUUAACUCACAUGGGAUCCGAAAAGCGCUUCUUGGAGAGGAUGAAGAAGAACAAGAAGCACAAGAAGAACAAUCAUGAUACUUUGAAUUCCUCUGCUUCAUCUGUUGUGCCAGAAAAGGAUGGUGGAGGGAAAGAAACCAUCCGCGUCGGCAAGGUCAUAGCCGACCCUCGGUUUUCAUCUCUGCACACUGACCCUCGGUUCCGAGAGCCUCCGAAGCGCAAAACGAAAGUGGCGAUUGACUCGCGAUUUGAUCGCAUCUUCACUGAUAAGAGCUUCUUACCGUCUUCUGCUCCAGUGGACAAGAGAGGGAAACUCAGGAAGCAAAAUUUGCGGCAGAGUUCGCUUCGCCAUUAUUAUAAAAUGGAUGAAGAAGGAAACCAGGAAGAGGAUGUAGAGGAGGGAAGCGACGAAGAAGACAAGGAGGAAGAAAAAGGACAGAGAUUGGUUGAACCUGGGAGGGGGACACCUGCCGAAGAGUCAUCUGAAUCCGAAGACGAGAACAAUGCCUGUGAACUGGGAUCCUCUACAGAUACAGAUGGAGAUGAAAGUGCUGAUGAGGAGUUGCCUGAGAGGCAGGAGGAGGUGCCAGAAAUUGACAAAGAAACUCAUAGGCUUGCUGUUGUUAAUAUGGACUGGAGAUAUGUUAAGGCUGUUGACUUGUACGUAUUAUUGAGUUCAUUUGUUCCACCAAAUGGACAAAUAAAAUCUGUAGCUGUCUACCCAUCUGAAUUUGGCCUUCAACGUAUGAAAGAUGAGGAAGUUCAUGGCCCUGUUGGCCUCUUUGACGAUGAAGCCACUCAAAGUGACCAAGAUAGCAGCGAUGAUGAAAUUGACAAUGAGAAAUUGCGUGCAUAUGAGAAAAGCAGGAUGAGGUACUAUUUUGCUGUGGUGGAAUGUGACUCAGUUACCACAGCAGACCACAUUUACAAAGAAUGUGAUGGGCUGGAGUUUUUACAAUCUUCUAAUGCACUUGAUUUACGGUUUAUUCCUGAUUCUAUGGAAAUCAAAAACUCACCUCUCGAUGUUGCAACUGAGGCUCCGGCAAACUAUGAAGGCAAAGAUUUCUAUACUCGAGCACUUCAGCACAGUAAAGUGCAUCUUUCAUGGGAUGAGGAUGAACCUCUUCGUGCAAAGACCUUAAGACGGAAAUUCAACGAUGAGCAGGUUACUCUAGCUGAGUUGGAAUUGACGGAACUAUUGGCAUCUGAUGUGGGUGAAAGUGAUGAUGAAGAUGACAUUGAGACAGAGGAUCAUGCUGAGAAAAAGACUAGGAAACUGGAAAAAUAUCGUGCUUUACUUGAGUUUGGUGAGGGUUCAGAUGGAGAUGGUGAAGAAGAUGGUCAAGAUAUGGAGGUAACCUUCAAUACUGGUUUGGAAGACAUUAGCAAACACAUACUGGAAAAGAGAGAUAAAAAAUCAGAAACAGUUUGGGAAGCAUAUUUGAGGAAGAGACGUGAGAAAAAGAGGGACUGGAAAAGUAAAUCAAAGCAUUCAUCAUCUGAUGAUGAUAAUAGUGACACUGAUCAAGAUACAACGGAGCAAGCAGAUGAUUUCUUCAUGGAGGAGCCUCCCAUCAAGAAGAGAAAGGAGGGAAAAAGUAAACAGAAGCACCAAGUUAUAGAUGGGGCAGAAAAAACAACCAAAGAAGAGCUGGAGUUAUUACUUGCUGAUGACCAGGGGGCAAAUACUGGUCUCAGGGGAUAUAACUUAAAGUUUAAGAUGGCCAAGGGCAAAAGGGCUCAGGAAACUAUUGAAGAGGCAAAAAUACCAAGCGCUGACCUUGAUGAUCCACGUUUUGCUGCACUUUUCACUUCACGUGACUAUGUUUUGGAUCCCACUGAGCCACAAUUUAAACGGAGUGCAGUUUAUGCCAGGCAGAGAGCUCAUAAACUGCAGAAAGGAGAUAUUGACUUUUCGGCAGAAGAGAAGCACGUGAAGCUUUCAAGAGGAAUUCAGUUGUCGUCUAAUGAUGCUGGCGUAAAGAAGGGUGACGAAGAAGGAUCAGAUGUUUUGCAAUCUAAGGAGAAACAUGAGCUAUCAUCAUUGGUCAAAUCGGUUAAGAUGAAGUCAAAGCAGGUACAAUUACCUUCAUUGGUUCAAUCUGCAAAGGGGGAUGGCAAUUUGCAAUUUGGAGGCGUGAAGAAAAGGAAUCACUAGGCUUUCUAUUAGCCAAUCCAUAUUUAACAAUGGAAGUCCUCGUUGGAAAUGGAGCGUCCUCUUUUCAGAAGGUAGAAUAUCACCUGUUCGCAAGGCAUCUCUCGCCUGAUUUUUUAAAUCCACCUUUUGUGAUGCAAGCUACAUGGACAUUUCAUCAACCCAUUUAAGUUGUUUCGCAAAGAUUCGUUGAGGAUCUGAAAUAUGCACCCGCUUUUUACGUUC